UGCGUGCUGUUUCACUGCGUGCUGUGUGUGCUUUACACUGAGCACACUGCUUUGUAUGGCUGUGCUAUGCAGAGCCAUACAAAGCAGUGUGCAAGAGCUGACACACAAAGUAAAACAGCACACAGUUAACCCUUUGAUCGCCCCAGAUGUUAACCCCUUCCUGCCCAGUGCCAUUAGUACAGUGUCAGUGCGUUUUAUUAGCACUGAUCACUGUAUUGGUGUCACUGGGGAUGUCAGUGACACCAAGUCAGUCCCCCCCAGUGCUAGAAUGCCCGCAGCAGUCCCGCAGUCCCACUAUAAGUCAUUGAUUGCACCAUUACUAUGAUUGCCGCCAUUUGUAAACACUAUAACCAAUUAAUUUACACGUAUU